AACAAAAGGUUUUUUUAUAUGUAACAUAAUUAUAUCAAUAAAGUACUAACCAAAGCUAAUGGCAAAGGUUGCAUAAAACGUGUUAUUAUUUAAAUCAGAAAAGAAAAUGGUGCUAAUUUAAAAAUAACUAAUUAAUUAAAUAUUAAUAUUCAACAUUAAUUGUAAUCCUAUUUGUUUAUAAUAAAUUAAUUUACUUUUUUUAUUUUAUAUUACAAAAACUGUUUAACAAUAAUUAGAUAACAAGAAGGUACUGAAACUAUAAAGAAACAAACAAAUAAUAAACUUAAACUAAAUAAUAUAUCAAUUAUUGCAAUAAUAGUAUACUUAAAUUGCAUGGCUACAACAAACUAAGUAUCUUCACUAUGCCAUUCUCUCAUAGAAAAACUAUCUACUUAAGCAUAAUGCAUUUUAGACAACGAUGCAGAGACAGAAUCUUUAAACUUGUUCACAUUUACUAGAAUAAUUUAUGAAGAUUAAAAUGUGUAAAGCGAAAAUUUAAAUCGAAUAUUCAAAAUUCACUCGAAACUAAACAAAAUGAAAUACUAGGAAAACUAUUUUGCGUGGUAUAGAAACAGAAAUAUUCCAUCCAUAUAAAUAAAAAAAGAUGAAGACUAAAAAAGUUAAGUAAAAUUUAACAGAAAAACUACUAAUUCAAAGAAAGAUACAUACACAUUUUAUAUAAAUGCAUGUUAUAUAGAGAAAAGCAAAUUUGCUAUCACUUGUCUAAAAGGUGAAAAUUGCUUGCAGGAUCAAAAUUAGUGCUCUUUUUAGUCUUUGAAGUUUGUAAAGACCUCAUAUAUUUUGAAUGGUUCCUGCGUCAGACUAUUCAUUAUUAUAUUAGACUCAAACAAAACGAUUAUAGAAAGUUAUAUAUCUAGCAAAAUUCACAUAUCAUCAUGGAAGAAUUAUUUAAAAGAUAAGCCAUCAAAGUCUUCAAUUUUUUCGCCUUUUAUGCCAGCUGUACUUAACCGCACUAAUAUAAUAUAAUAAAAAAGUAAAAUCUCUUAAGUCGCUACUCUUAAUAAUAAAGAAGCUGGAUAAAUUCCUAUUUAUGAUAAUAUAUAAGGACUUUCAGAUUAUUUUAAAGGAUCGACGAUUAAAUAAAAAAUUUGUCAUCCCCUUUUUAUAGCUAUAAAAUUUGCAAAAACAAUAAAACUCUACUUUUAAAGCGAUUUGCAGCCCACAAUCAAAGAAGAAGAGGACAGAUUAAAAUAUUAAGUUGAGCUCUUCGUAAACAUUCACAAGUACUUCAUAGAGUCAAUAAGCAGCAAAUAAAAUAUAAAAAAAAAAAUUGCUUUAAAAAUUAAGCAUUCGUAAAAUAAAGGGAUGGAUGAAAAAGUGAAAGGAUUUCUACAAUCAAUAUAUAGUGAAAUGGUUCAAUUUAUUGAUAAUGAUACAAAUAUUUUAGAUGAUUUUAUCUUAUACAACCCAGAUAAUUUAAUAAAUAUGCAAUUAGCUUACAAGUUAGCCUAUCCACAAUUAGAAAUGAUGCUUAUAAAUUAGCAGAGCACUAAUUUAAUUUAAAAGUAAUUAAGAUAUUAUAAUUAGGAUAUAAUUUCUGAAAAAGAUUUAACUUCUGAUAAUUUGUACCAGAUCCCAAAAUUAGAAAUCACCUUAAAUAGAGAUUUCGUUAAAUCAGAUUAGAGGAUAUUUGUUAUUUGCUCAUAGAUAUGCGAAAGUUAACUUGAAAAAUAGCUAAUUAAUAACUAAAAAAUUACUAAAUCUAUUAAAAAUAGCCAAAAUAAGGAUCUAUUUGAUUUAAAUAUAUAAAAUAAAUCUAAUAGUCCUAGCAAAAGCCAAGAGAGCCAUUUAAGUCAUAAUAUUAACAUAUAAUAAGUCGAAAAUAUUUAAUAGUAGAUGGAUGAGCCAGUUUGCCAGUCCUAAUAAAAAUAUAAGUUUUUAUAAAAAGAAGAAAUAAAUCCAUCAUAUGAAAUUAACAAAAAAAUAGAAUUUGAUGAAAAAUGUUAAGACUAGAUAAUUGAAGAUAAAUUAAAUAAAAAACUUUGCAAAUAAGAUUUUGUAAAAUAAGAAAAUAAUUUAAAUGAAUAAGAUAAAGCUUAAAAUUUUAAUUUUGUAAAAAAAGAAGAAAAUAAUUAAAAUUAAUUUCUUGAAUUUAAAUAAAAAAAUCAUAAAAUUAGUAAAAAUAACUUUCACAAUCAUUAAUAUGGAAAUGAAAGUGAGUUACCUCCUAAGUUUUCUGAAAUUUACGUUAAGUAAAUAGAUGAAUAGUAUGAUUAAAAAUUCUUUGAGAGUAGUGAAUUAAAGAAGUCUCAUAAAAAAUCUAUUGAUAGUUCUUAUCUGAUUAAGAAAGACUAAAUUAAAGUUGAAAAAUACUAAGAAAGCUAAAAUUUAUAAAAUUUAAAAUAUGAAGCUUAAUAAAAUAUUUAAUUUAAAACUUUUGAAAGUGAUGAUUAAAAUGAUAACUAUUAUAGCUAUCCAGAGUAUAAAGAAUAAGAUUAAAUGAUACACUAAGCUAGUGAAUCGCCUUAAUAAAACUCUAUAAAUCCUUAAUAUUCUUAUCCAAAUUCUUCAAAUACUUUUCCAUAUUAUUAGCCAAUUUAAUAUCAGUCUAAUAUGCACAUGGUAAUGCCAAAUCCAUAGUAUCAAUAUGUAUAAUAUCUACCUCCACAACCUAUAGGCCUUUAACCUAUGUAUUUUUAAUCAAUUCAACCUAAUUUUUAACACCCUCCAAUAAAUAAUAUAAAAUACUAAAGGCAAUGA